AUGACAAUGGUAUCAAAUUUUAUUAAGUCUGAGAUACGCGCAACUGUCAAUGAUCCUACUAUUGCCAGACUCUUGCUGCCAUAUAAUCAUCUUUUUGGUAUCAGACGUCCCUGUAGUGGCACUGAUUAUUAUGAAACAUUUAAUGACGAUAAUAUCACACUUGUUGAUCUUCGUUGUAGAGGCAUCGAUGAAAUUCAGACAAUAGGAGUUCGAGUGGGGAACAAGACCUAUGAAGUAGAUGACAUUGUCCUUGCACUUGGAUUCGAUGCCUUCACUGGUGCAUUACUCAAUAUAGAUAUUCACGGCCGAUCAAGCAAGGCACUUCGAGAAAAAUGGGAAAAAGGAUGCAGUACUAAUCUAGGUCUGAUGAUUGCUGACUUUCCAAACUUAUUUACAAUUAGUGGCCCCGGUGCUUCAUCUGACUUAGCUAAUAUGAUUCCACAUAUCGAACAACAUGUUAAAUGGAUAACAAAAUGUUUGGAAUGUCUACGAACGCAUGAUAUCAAUAUAAUGGAACCUUCUCUAGAGAAAGACAAUACCUGGGUUAAACAUGUAGAUGAUGUUAUCGAAAAUACUCUUUUUCGAACAGCCAAGUCAAUCUAUAACAGAGCAAAUAUUCCUGGAAAACCACGAGUCUUUAUAUCUUAUGUAGGAGGCUUUGAUAUUUAUAUGGAAAAGUGCGAAAAAAUUGCCAACAAUGAUUAUGAAGGUUUUCAUCUGAGGAAGUAA